UUCUCUCCUUUUUUGUUCAAACAAAUUUUCUCAUUUUUCACUCCUCACAUUUUUCUCUCAUUUUCUUUCUCUUUCUUUCUCUUUCUGUCUGUCUGCUAGAAAGUUUUUAGGGUUUGUUUGGUUACGGAGAAAAACACAUACACAUACGUAGACACAAGAGAAUAGAAAAAAAAGAAAAAGAAAAAAGGAAGCUUCGGAGGUACGUUUCCGUUUUCUCACCAAUCACAGCCCUAAUUCCUCACUGUCAAAAUUCUAAACAUUUUCUUCUUAUUCUUCUUCUUCACCGACACAAUGAUCUCGGACCGAUCCAAUUCGGCCCUUCAAUUCUCUUAUUUUUCUUGUUCGUCUUAUCCAAUUCCGAAUUGUAUUUGGAACUUUUGUUUUAUUUCAAUAUAGGCAGGUUUGUGGUGGAGUUUUAAAGGGAAAUUUCAAUUUAAUUAUAGCAAAACUGUUCUUUUAUUUCAUUUUAUUUUUUGAUUUUUUUUUUAUGAGUUUGAGAAUUGUGUUAGGGUUACGAUUCUUUUUAUUUUUUUUGGUUGUUGUUUUAUAGAUUGUAAUGGUUUCAUUUUGGGUUUGAAAAUGGAGGAUUAGGGGUUAGGUGGGUUGUGGGCAUUGAUUACAGGGGCUGAAAAGCAUUUUUUUUUUUUUUUUUUUGGGGGGUGGGGGUGUGUGUGGGGUGGUGUGAAGGGGUUAAUUGGGUUAGAAAAUGACGGAUUUUGAACCGCUACAACAGAAGCCAGAAUCUGCUACUGAUGCUCGUUCUGAGUUUGAGCGUGGAUUGGAGGAAUUUAUGCGAGGGCACUUGGAUGAAUGUAUGUCAUUUGCGUCAUGUAGCUCUACUCGGAAUCCUGAGGAUGAGGAUGAGGAGGGUGAUCAGCUUGUGAGGAGGAGAAGGAGGUCUGAUUUAGAGGGUGAUGAUUUGGCUGAGUCAUCAGCAGCACGGCGCCGUCACUCUCGGAUUUUGAGCCGUUGGGCUGCAAGGCAGGCUCAGGAGAUGAUGACCACCAUUGAGAGGAGAAACCAUGAGUCGGAAUUGAUGGCACUCGCAGGCCUGCACACGGUUUCCAUGCUCGACUCUUCAUUCUUGAGGGAGUCACAGUCCCCAACAUCAAGGCGGCAAGGGGCUGUGGAGAGGCCGAGCACUCAGGCCUCUGCAAUUUUGCAGAUGUGGAGGGAAUUGGAGGAUGAACAUUUGUUGAACCGGGCACGGGAAAGGUUGAGGCAGCAGAGGAGUGUUGAAUCUAAUACCAAUGAGUCGAGCACAAAUAUGUCAGAUAGUCGGGGGAGUGAGAAUCAGGUGAGCUUGGAAGAUGCAAGUGAGAGUGAAAAUGAGUAUGUCACUUGGUCCCAUGAUCAGAUGGGCUCGCAGAAUGAACGCGGGGAUAACAAUGGUUCUAGCAGGGAACAAUCUCCUGACCUUGGCGAAGUCGAGAGGGAGAGAGUGAGGCAUAUAGUACGAGGAUGGAUGGAAAGUGGCAUUACUGAUCAUUCUUCAAGUGUUGGUCAGAGAAAUAAUAGCCCCAGAGCAGAGUGGCUUGGCGAAACUGAGCGUGAGAGGGUGAGAAUUGUCAGGGAGUGGGUGCAAAUGACAAGUCAACAAAGAGGAGCUCGUGGGGGCCGAAGGGAAGAUCAAGUCGCUGGACCUGGUGCUCAAGCUGAUAGUGUUCAUGAUGGAUUGGUUCCGGACCAUGAUGAAGGCCAGCCAGAGCACAUUCGGAGGGACAUAUUGAGGUUGCGUGGGAGACAGGCUAUAAUUGAUUUGCUUGUGAGGAUCGAGAGGGAAAGGCAGAGAGAACUUCAAGGCCUGUUAGAGCAUCGGGCUGUCUCUGAUUUUGCUCAUCGGAAUCGAAUUCAGUCAUUACUCAGAGGUAGAUUCUUGCGAAAUGAAAGACCUGUUGAAGAAGAAAGACCUCCCUCUAAUGCAGCCAGUGAAUUAGUUCUAUUGAGACAGCGUCACACUGUUUCUGGUUUAAGGGAAGGGUUCCGUUCAAGAUUAGAAAAUAUAGUCCGUGGUCAAGUUGGCAACCAGUCUGAUUCCCCAUCUAACAAUAACAUUAAUGAUUCUAGCGAGCAAACUCAGACAAAUCCUUCACAGGAUGUCCAACAUGAAAAUCAUGAACAGUCACAGCCUAGGAAUCAGGAAAGUGACAUCAACCAGUUGCCUGAUCGGACAGGAAAUUUGGAAAGGAACACAGAUGUCGAGCGUAUCAAUUGGCAAGGAACUGCUAACCAAGGAGGAGAUUGGCAAGAAUCAAUUACAGAAAACGAGGGAGGAAACUGGCAGCAGACAACCUAUGGUCAAUUUAAUGAAUGGAGAGAUGGCAAUACUGAAGAUUUGGAUGCAAAUUGGCAUGAUAAUUCUGUCAAUACUUGGCCCCAGGAAACUCCCAGAAAUGUAGAUGGAGAUGAGGUUCGUCGUCCACAAGAAGCCCAGGGGGUUUGGCAUCGGGAUGGCACUCGGGAUGGUGUUGAAAAUUGGGCAGAAGGGCCUUCUGGUCCCCCCAGAAAUCGCCGUUCUGUACCGUUUAGAAGAUUCAACAGAUUUCAUCCACCAGAUGAUGAUAAUGUUUACAGUAUGGAACUUAGGGAACUUCUAAGCAGGAGAAGUGUUUCUAAUCUUCUUCGUAGUGGUUUCCGUGAAAGUUUGGACCAAUUGAUACAGUCUUAUGUGGAAAGGCAAAGUCGUUCUCCUAUAGAUUGGGAUUUGCAUAGAAAUUUGCCAACGCCUACUCCCACUACACCAGAGAUGGAUCAGGAGCAACAGAGGGAUGAACAAAAUGAAGAUCAAAAUGAGGCAAUCAAUAGACCUUCACUUGUGCUACCAUCUCCACCAGUUCCCCCACCGCAGCCAAUUUGGCAUCAGGACUUACAUCACACUGGCUGGUCUCGGCACAGCAUGCAUCGUUCAGAAAUUGAAUGGGAAAUGAUUAACGAUCUGAGAGCAGACAUGGCAAGACUUCAGCAAGGCAUGAGCCACAUGCAGAGGAUGUUGGAGGCUUGCAUGGAUAUGCAACUGGAGUUGCAGCGUUCUGUUAGACAGGAAGUCUCUGCAGCUCUGAAUCGAUCAGCUGGUGAAAAAGGGUUGGGUCCUGAGACAUCAGAGGAUGGGUCUAAAUGGGGUCAUGUGAGAAAAGGGACUUGCUGUGUUUGUUGUGAUAGCCACAUUGAUUCUCUUUUGUAUAGAUGCGGGCACAUGUGCACUUGCUCAAAAUGUGCAAACGAGUUGGUUCGUGGCGGAGGAAAGUGUCCAUUGUGUCGGGCGCCGAUAGUUGAAGUGAUUCGAGCAUAUUCCAUACUGUAAAAAGAACAAGGAAAGGUAAAAAAAACAAAAAAAAAAAAUAGUAUAGGAAAAUAAUAAAUACUGAAUAGAUGUGAGUGGGAAGGUGAAGAGAGGAGGCAGUGCUUGAUCCUUGAUGAAAGGGAAGCUUCUGUCAUUCUCGUUUGUAGAGUGUUGAGUAGUUGCCGCUGUUUUUCUGAUUAUAUGUGGACAAGACUAUUGCAUUGUAUAAUUGGAAUAACAAUUGGCACUGUUAAAUUCAUUAUUCUUGCAUAAAUAAAAAUGUUAAGCAUUAAAAUUUUUUUGUACUA